UGCGUGCACAAUGCGUGCAUCGGAACGUUUCGAUCUAAUCAAAAUAAUUACUUAAUUCGAAUAAUUUAAAAAAAAAACUCCGUUCGUUAUUUAAAAUUACAACGGUCAAAAAUUGUCUGGAUUACAACCGGCCAGUACAUUUUAAUGGUGUUAGAAUUGCUAAAAAAUGAAGUGUCAAUAAUAUUUAUAAGUGCUUAAAAAUAAAAUUAAUAAAUUAUCUUAUUACAUAAAACAGGAAUAUUAAUUGGUAAACAACAUGCGAUGGGCAUUCGUAAUUAUAAUAAGUUUGUGUGUUUCAUACGCAAGUGAGGUGACACAGAUCUUUGACUUUUGGACGAAUUUAUUUCGUCCCCUACCUCGAAAUCCCAAAGAAGGCUUCGUACCGGAUUACACUCCUAAAUACUUAGAACAAUUCGAUUUUAUUAUAAUCGGCGGGGGAUCCGCUGGCUGUGUGCUGGCAAACAGACUGACGGAAGUAUACGAUUGGAAAGUUUUACUUCUAGAGGCCGGAGGCAAUGAAAACUUUUUUUCAGACGUUCCAAUAUUUGCUCCGUUCCUUUCCCUUACGCCUUUGAAUUGGGGAUAUAAUUCGGAACCGGAACAAAAGGCGUGCAGAGAUCUCAGAGGGAAGGUUUGUUUUAUGCCUCGGGGCAAAGUCCUCGGCGGCAGUAGCGUAUUAAACUUUUUAAUAUAUCAAAGGGGACACCCCGAGGAUUACAAUGACUGGGCCCGGAUGGGCAAUGAAGGGUGGAGUUAUUCAGAAAUCCUUCCCUAUUUUAAAAAGUCGGAAAAUAUACAAAUUAAUGAAUUAAAAAAUUCAUCAUAUCAUGGUAGAGGCGGGUACUUAGAUAUUGAUUACGCUAGUUUUUCUUCUCCAUUGCAAACUGCUUUCAAAGAUGCCGGCGAGGAACUAGGAUACAAAUGGAACGAUCCUAAUGGAGAAAGUGUCAUAGGAUUUUCUAAACCUCAAGCGACCAUAAGGAAAGGAAGAAGAUGUAGCACUGCGAAGGCAUUUUUAGAACCAGUUCGGUUCAGGCGUAAUUUAAAAGUUUCUAAAUAUUCAACGGUUGUGAAAAUUCUGAUUGACCCCAACACCAAAAAAGCAUAUGGAGUUGAUUUUGUGAAAGGUAACAAAAGACGAAGGGUAAUAGCUCGCCGCGAAGUUAUCCUGUCAGCUGGUACAAUCGGUUCUGCACAAAUACUCAUGCUUUCUGGAGUAGGACCGGCAGACCACCUCGCAGACAUGGGCAUCAAGACCAUAGCCAACCUCCCAGUUGGCUACAAUCUACAAGAUCACGUCACUUUCUCAGGAAAUGCCUUUAUAGUAAACGACUCGAAGCUCUGUGUAAAUGACCUUACAGCUGCAUCUCCACUAGCAGCCGCUGCUUACUUAGCGGGCAAAGGACCUUUGACGAUACCAGGUGGUGCCACAGGGCUAGCGUUUGCUCGCACCUCUUACGCCGCAGAUCUGUCGGAAGGACGACCCGAUAUGGAACUAGUGAUGGGCGCCGGGUCGCUUGCUGGAGAUCUGUUAGGCAUUUUAAGAUCGUUGCUUGGGGUAACAGACAAGUGGUAUUGGAAGGUGUACGGUUCCCUGCCACCUGAAGUCCGACAGCGAACAUUCUCAAUGAAUCCUGUACUGAUUCGACCGCGCAGUGUUGGCCGGCUGAUGCUACGCAGUCCUAACUUUGAUGAUCAUCCUAGGAUACAUCCGAAUUACUUCCACCAUCCGGAUGACCUGCGUGCUUUGAGAGAAGGUCUACGAAUGGUGGAAAAAGUAAUAAGCACGAAAGCAUUUCAACAGUUUGCAACACGAAUUCACAACGUGCCGUUCCCCGGAUGCGAACAUUACAAAUUCGAUUCAGAUGAUUACUGGGAAUGUGCAAUUAUGCAAACUUCCAUCACUCUUGACCAUCAAGUUGGAACAUGCAAAAUGGGAGCUGCGGGAGAUCCUACUGCAGUGGUUUCCCCAACACUACUGGUCCAUGGCAUACAAGGUCUACGGAUAGCUGACGCGUCAAUAAUACCGCGAAUACCAGCCUCGCAUACAUUAGCACCGGUCGUGAUGAUCGCGGAGAAAGCCGCGGAUUUAAUCAAAGAAGAUUGGGGAUAUCUUCUUCAAUAACCUCCAAUAAUAGUCAAUUUAGAAUAGUGAAGUUAAAAUGUUUUUAUAUGAUAAUAUACUAAGGAAAUAAUAGUUUAUUUUUUAACAAUAUGUAUAGCUAUUCUAUGCUAGUCAUUAGUGAAGUUUGAAAGUCACCAAAAUAAAGUUCAUUAGAGAAAUUUGUUUUACUGUUGCAUUCCCACAUAAUUUCAAAGAAAUUCUGUUUUUGGGGUUAAAGGGUUUAACAUUGCAAAACUCAUUAAACAUCUACCAAACAAUCAUUUUAAUGUUAGGUUACAAAAACUUAUAA